AAAAACAGCUGAUCCCGACAGCGGGAACAGGUUAUGUUCACAUAUGUAAAUAGUUUUUCUUGACGUUGAUUGUGGUUAAAUAAGCAAAGAUGCUGAGGAUUCCAAAUUAUUUAAUAAAUGUUGCACAAAAUGUUACAAUUACGCGGCAAAUUUCUUGUACGUCAAUGCGAGCCCUGGAUCAAAAGUGGCGUGAAGACAAGGGGCUGCCAGGAAAUCCGAAUGCUUUCGGUCCGCUAACUAAUUUACCUGAUUAUAGUUUCUUGGAUGGUCGCCCUACACCGCUGGGAGCUAACCAAAAGCGACGUUUGCAGAAGCAGCAAGAAAUUGCCGCAAAAAUAGUAACAUUAAACGGAGAGUUAGAUUUCGCAAAGAAACGCUAUGCACGAAUACAAGCAGAGAAAAACAGUGAAAGGGAAAAUAUUUUGAACAAUAAAUUGAAACCUAAGGGCCAUUUGCUGCUCAAAAAAGAGUAAAGGCUGACGUUUAUUGUUUAAUGAUUUAUAUUACACUGUAAUAAAGUUUACUAAAUUAAUUAUAGCUAUUGAGCUUUUAAUAAAAUAAAUAUGCUGUUAU